GAAUGUUUUACUAAUUCGCGUUAGAUAAGUGGGUUCUUUACAACCACAGAAUGUACUCGAUAUAACAUUUAACAAGCCACGUUGUGCUCCUGCAACGCUUGUACUUCGUUACCAUGGUGAUAUCACAUGAACGCGCAGCCUCUGCGAUGCCGUGAACAGAAUGGAGUGUGCAAUCUUUCACUAGCCAGCAAACCAGUAUGCGGACCUGGGUCUGGUUUGGUUGGGAAAUCAUGUUAUAUAUUUAAUUUCUUGGAUCAGUUCAUCUCAGAAGUUGAAUUAUGUCCUCUGUGGAAAAGAAUUGUGAGAAAUGCAAGCCUUUUUACUUGAGGCCCAGUCCAAGAAAGACGAGUGCCGAGAUAAUAAGUGAAGCUCGAAGAUCUCUGAGGACUAUCUGCACCCAAAGACCCUUCACACCCAGAGAUGACCAGAGGCAGUUGUUUGGGAAGGCCUCCUCUCGCUCCUCUGAGGGCAGACCUCCGUCUACUUUCAGUCUUCAUGCUCGCAACUUUGAAGAAUCAGAUUCAAGGCCUGGCUCGGGUAAACAUCUUUCUCCCCUGGAACACAAACCCAGGCUGCCUGCGCCUCCGGAUGAUGACUUGGACAGCUCGGCAGCGUUUCCCAAACCUCCCGCUGACCCUCUGCAGAUCAGGAGGGCGGGCGGCACUCGGGCCCGCCUGUUCAAAUCCGGCUCUCUGGCAGGACUCCCACCAGUCAAGCGGCCAGAGGAAUCCAUAAAGAGGCAGAGUUCAGACCCUUCCUCUGCUGGGACCAGCUCACCAGCGCUAAGCAGGAACAGGAACCCCCUACUGACUGAUUCUGCCAGCACCAAGAAGAGCCAAAUGGGAGACCUUUCAAAAGCCGUCUGUGAGAAAACCGUCCCACGCAGACCUGCGAGCGAAAGAUAUUCCAGUGGAACAGUGUGUGCUGGUGGUGUUGGUACACUCGUCACAGUCGCUGUUGGAGCACAAGCAAAAACAGAAUUGGUCAGAGGAGAAGUGAAAGAUGAAUUGGAGGAAAGUGUGUACUGGGAUACCCAGGUCUUACCUCUUCUUCAGGAGCUUGAAUCAGUCCCACAAGACAGCGUGGAGCGCCUCUGCAGCACCUGUGAGCAGCUGCAUUGCAUUCUGGGAGAGGGCGACCUGCUGGGCCGAAAGGGCAAGAGGAGGGCGACCUUGCUGAGGACUCUCUUCCAGCUGAUCGACGUGGGCUCCGACCAGCUCAACCUGCAGCUGGCCAAAGUCAUCCUGGCGCUCAGUGUGAGUGGGAACAAUCUGCUCAAUAUCUGCAAGCUAAUCUUCAAGAUCAGCCGCAGUGAGAACAAUGACGCUCUCUUCCAAAAUAACUCCAUCAUCGAUGCCCUGCUGUCAGUGCUGCACUCAGAGGACGUCCUGUCGGUGGGUGAGGCCGUGCUCUACUGCAUGGGGACCCUGAAGUUCCUUUCGGGGAACAGGUCGCUGCUCAGAAUGCUGGUAGGCAAGGGCUCCGUCACCACCCUGCUGCAGCUGAGCGAGAGACUCGGCCGCGGCGCCGCGCCGGGUGACGCCCACUUCCCCAUCGCGGGUCACAUCCUGGUUCAGCUGACAGCGACCCUGAGAAAUUUGGCUGACCUUCCGGAGUCCCGCCCAGCGUUCCUGUCCAACAGGGGACUUCCAGAGCUGUGCGUGGUGUUGCAGCAACACAGUGGCGACAAGGAUAUCUGCACCAAUAUAGCCAGAAUAUUCAGCAAACUGACUUCCUACAAUGUGUGCUGCACUGCGCUGGCCAACAUCCCUGAGUGCUAUGGGUUAUUUUUAGAGCUGUUGAGAAAACACCAGAAAAAGCAGGACCUGGUGGUGCGCCUCGUUUUCACUCUCGGAAACCUGACUGCCAAGAAUAACGAGGCCCGAGAGAGGCUGUGGGCAGAGGAGGGGUGUCUGGACACCCUGCUGGGGCUCUUCCUGCUUUACCACCAAAUGGACACGGCCGCUCCGGCUCCCAGAAACCCCGGCGGCACAGUGGAGGGCCAGCAGCCAGAUCACAGACCCCCCUCGGGUGUGGAGGACGUCCUCAUCAAGCUAAUCAGAGUCCUGGCCAAUUUAUCCAUCCAUCCCACAGUGGGCCCCACCCUGGCCUCCAACACUCAGUGUGUGGAGCUCUUGCUCAAAGUGCUGGAGCGCAAAGCGAUCGACAACUGCGAGGAGCUGGUGAUCAAUGCAGCUGCCGCCAUAAACAACCUGUCAUUCUACCAGGAGGAGAGCUCGGCUGUGAGGGCGGGUGCGCUGAGCAUCGCUGACCUGAUGUUGAAACUGCUGCUGAGCAGGAACAUGGACGGAAUGCUAGAGGCCAUGCGCGUGUUUGGAAAUCUCUCGCAGUCCAAGGUGGUCAGGGACUUCAUCGUGCAAAAUAAAGUCCACCAGUUCGUGGUGACCCUGCUGGACUCGAAGAACCAGGACGUUUGCUUCUCUGCAUGCGGGGUACUCAUCAACCUGACUGCAGACAAAGGCAGGAGACCCGUACUGCAAGAGGAAGGAGUUAUCCAGAAGCUGCUGGACUGCCUGAGGGACUUUGGGCCGGGGGACUGGCAGCUGGCUGGCCUGGUGUGUCAGACCCUGUGGAACUGCAGCGAGGAGGGGGUGGCGCUUUGCUUCAGUGAGCAGGAAACCCACACAGCGCUGCAGCUCCUGGCCCUCUACACGGAUGAAGAGCUGGUGCAGCAGUGGAACAUAAGUGAAGACAUAAGAGAGUUCCAUCGGGCAUGCUGGGAGUUGGAGUUCAUUCCUGUAGCUCAGAGGCUGAAGAACAGGAUCCAGAGUCAGGUGAACCUGCUGGAGCCUCUCACCACUCCAUCUUGACAGUCUCAAGCAUGCAGACAGCCACAGCUCUGUGUGCUGUGUGCUACUGUAAUAAUCAUGCACUUUAGUGUUCAGCAUCAAGCCUUGC